UAAGGUCAAUUAUUCGACCAUGCUUCAUUAAAUAAAUACGUAGUAUGUCAAUCUUGUACUCAAUGAAAACCCAGUAACGUGUUCCUUCAAGCUAAUCUUAAAAUUAAAGCCCUAUAUAUCUGUAAUGUACCUUCCAAAAGGAAACAAAACAGAUGAAGUAAUCAGAAAAAUUAUAAUCUAGUUAGAAGAUGGUUAGGCUUGGAGAUUUGUUGGUGUCUCUUCCAUUUGGAUUAUUUUUGUUGCUCUCAGGUGCUUUCAUCACAAUACCUGGUGCCAAUGCCUGGAGCAAAGAGGGUCAUGAGAUGACAUGCCUAAUCGCACAGGCAUUUUUGAAGCCUGAGGCAUCUGAAGCAAUUUCCCAUUUGCUACCUCCUAAUGUGAAAGGUAACUUAUCAGCACUUUGCACAUGGCCCGACCAAAUAAGGCACUGGUACAAAUAUAGAUGGACAAGUCCACUUCAUUUCAUUGACACCCCUGAUGAUGCUUGUACUUUUGAUUAUUCAAGAGACUGCCAUGAUCCAAAAGGCGUGAAGGAUAUGUGUGUUGCAGGAGCUAUAAAAAAUUUCACUUCUCAGCUUUCACAUUACAAAGAAGGGACAUCUGAUCGUAGAUAUAAUAUGACUGAGGCGUUGUUGUUCUUGUCACACUUCAUGGGAGAUGUACACCAGCCUAUGCAUGUUGGAUUCACCACUGAUGAAGGAGGAAACACAAUAAACCUGCGCUGGUUUAGGCACAAAUCUAAUCUGCAUCAUGUGUGGGACAGAGAAAUUAUUCUCACAGCACUAUCAGACUAUUAUGACAAGGAUGUGAGUCUCCUCCUCCAAGACAUUGAGAGGAACAUCACUGAUGGAAUGUGGGCUGAUGAUGUUACCUCUUGGGAACAUUGUAAUGAUCUCUCUCACUGUGUAAAUAAUUGGGCAAAAGAGAGCAUACAAGUAGCUUGCAAAUGGGGUUAUGAAGGAGUUCAAUCUGGAAUGACUUUAUCAGAUGAAUACUUUGACUCAAGGAUGCCAUUUGUGAUGAAACGAAUUGCUCAGGGUGGAAUUAGAUUGGCCAUGAUUCUGAACCAGGUGUUUGGUGAUGACCAUGAAGAAGGAUUUGCAACAGCAACUUAAGCUGACCCACCAAGACGUAGACUUACACAAAUUAAGUGCUUAAAUUUGUGAAUAACCAUAGGGUCUAGACAACAUGAAUGCAUAGACCUGACAAAGUCACUUGUAAAAUUUAAUUUGUUUGUAACCAUAGUGUGUGAUUAGGUGAGCAUUUGAAAAACCUGAUUUUAGAUUGUCCUGACUUUUCAAAGUUGAUUUUUAUUAAUAUAUAGAGUACAAUUUGAAGAAAA